AUGAAUUCUGACCAGAUCUAUGUGCGUCGCCGGGGAGAAAGCAUCCCACAAGAUUCCACAGCUAGCAUCUCACCCUCCAAACCCAUGAGCAUCCUUACUGGCAGCUACUGUACGAAAGGAGGCAGUGUUGAACUCCUAACAAUGCGGUUUACGCUCCUCAGCUUGGAAACUCCAACAACAAACUCCAAAUUCGAACUGCACAGUAUUGGACUUACUUUCCUUUUCCGCCAUGAACAAUCUGAGGGCUUUCCUCCGCCCCCAGGUCUUAGUUUGGCUGAGGCUGCAGGGGUGGGUGAGGGACUGGGGCUCGGGCUGCCCUUACCGCGGGCUCCCAGCCUCAACCUGCCCCCUCCGAUCGCCGGCACCGGGCCCCCUCUGGGGUUCCCCAAGCGAAAGAAGAGGGCUACGGAGCCGGUACGGAUCGCAGCCCCCGAGCUGCACCUGGGAUAUUCAGAUUCAGAGGAAGAUGAACCUGCAAAGAAGAAAACUGUUCUUCAGGGAUCUGGUGAAGGAACAGGUUUAUCAGCUUUGCUUCCCCAGCCCAAAAACCUGACUACAAAAGAGACUAACCGAUUGCUCCUACCCUACGCUUUCUCCCGAAAACCCACUGAUGGCUCUGCUGACGCCAAGCUCUCCAAACCAGCCCCCAAGACCAAAUCUGCUUCUUCUGCUUCCUCCUCUGCCCCUGUUGUGGGUGCAACCACUACUACCCCAUCGCCCUCAGCCAUCAAAGCAGCUGCCAAGAGUGCCGCCUUACAGGUGACAAAGCAGAUCACACAAGAGGAGGAUGACAGUGAUGAGGAAGUAGCCCCUGAGAACUUCUUCUUCCUUCCAGACAAGGCUGAGCCUCCUGGAGCUAAGCCAUACCCUUACCCUGUCCCUGCUGCUUCUGAAGAGCUACCCCCAGGCACAGAGCCAGAACCUACCUUCCAGGACGAUGCAGCCAAUGCUCCCCUUAAAUUCAAGAUGGUGGCUGGUUCAAGUGGGGCUCCCUGGGUGCCUAAGCCUGGGGAGGACUACAGCAGUCAGCCCUACACCCAGUUCCCUACAUAUGGUGACGCCAAUGCCACUGGCGCUUACUAUCAGGAUUAUUACAGUAGUGGCUACUACCCUGAGUCUGAUCCAGCCUUAGCUCCUCCCCAGGAAAUUACCCCAGACGCCUCUUUCAUUGAUGAUGAGGCGUUCAAGCGACUUCAGGGCAAGAGGAACCGGGGAAGGGAAGAAAUUAAUUUUGUGGAGAUCAACGGAGAUGACCUGCUCAGUGGGGCCCAGCAGUGGAUGACCAAGUCCUUGACAGAAGAAAAAAACACGAAGUCAUUCAGUAAGAAGAAGGGUGAGCAGCCAACAGGCCAGCAGAGGCGAAAACACCAAAUCACAUAUCUGAUUCACCAGGCUAAAGAGCGAGAAUUGGAGCUGAAGAAUACUUGGUCAGAGAACAAGCUCAGUCGUCGGCAGACCCAAGCCAAAUAUGGAUUCUAGGCUUCUGGAACUUAUCCCAUCUUCCCCUUUACCCAGUACCAGGUGGCCUGGCCUUGCCCUUUCCAGCUAACAUCUUUGGGAGCCCCAGAAGCUCCAAGUCCAGGACCU